AUGGGUGACACGGCGGGGUCGACGGCCGCCACCAAGCCAAAUGUGCUCAUUAUUGGAGGCCUUGGUUACAUUGGACGCUUCCUGACCAACCACAUUCACACCAACUCGCUUGCGUCGACACUCAGGAUAGUUGACAAGCAACUGCCGCAGCUGGCCUCGCUGGCUCCCGAACACAAAGAUGCCUGCAGCGACAACUUCAUGCAGGCCGACGCCUCGCGACCGCAAUCCCUGAGUCGUGUCUUCGACCUGCCCGACGGCCAGUCCUUUGACUAUGUCUUCAACUGCGGAGGCGAGACACGUCACUCGCAGGACGACGAGGUCUACAAGUUACGGUCCUACGAGCUAUCUCUCAACGUUGCCAAAGAAGCUGCUCGUCGCCAAGUCAGAGCCUACCUCGAGCUCUCCACCGGAACCGUCUACGACAGCAAGCGCGACCCGCCGCGCAAGGAAACGGACAAACUCAAGCCUUCGCUCAAGCAAGCAAAGUGGAAGUUACAGGCCGAAGAAGACCUCAGCAAGAUUCCAGACCUGCCGCUCGUCAUCCUGAGACUACCCAACGUCUACGGUCCCUACUCCGGACAAUGGAUGGGCACUCAAUUGGCCCUCGCCCGUGUAUACCAAGGCAUCGAGAAAGAGUUGAAAUGGCUAUGGGGACCUGAACUGCGCACCCACACCGUCCACAUCGACGACGUCGUUCGCGCAUGCUGGGCCGCCGCCGACUGGCGAGCCAACCAAGCACAAAGCGGCGCAGCUGCCGACAUCUUCAACAUCGUUGACAAGGGUGAUACGAGCCAAGGCACCAUGGCUGAGAUUACAAAGGCUCUCUUCAGCAUCGAGACAGGCUUUCAAAACGUCCUUAUCAACACCUUUGCACGUCUCAACCUCGAGUCUGUUGUAGACGACGUCAACGACGAGACUCUGGACCCAUGGGCUGAGUUGCAACAAAAAUCUGGCAUCGAAGGCGGCACUGGACCUUUGAGUCCUUUCAUGGAAAAGGAACUCUUGCGCGAAGCCGAUCUAUGUCUAGACGGCACCAAGUUCGAGCAGACUGUUGGGUUCAAGUACACCCACGAAAAAUUGACAAAGCAGGAAGUCGAAGCGGUGAUUGACAGCUACAAACGCAUGAAGUGGUGGCCUUAA